UGGCUGUUGACCAAUGAGGACGGCGGGAGAAGGUGAGCAGCCUCUGGAUUCUGGAUAUAUAGCAGCGCUCCAGGUGAGGUGCUCUCAUCGACAGGAUCACUCAGCAACCAUGAGGUCUCUGGUCUUUGUUCUGCUCAUCGGAGCUGCUUUUGCCUUGGAGGACGACAAGAUCGUCGGAGGGUAUGAGUGCACCCCCCACUCUCAGCCUCAUCAGGUGUCUCUGAACUCUGGAUACCACUUCUGCGGUGGAUCCCUGGUCCACAGGGAAUGGGUUGUGUCCGCUGCUCACUGCUACAAGUCCCGUGUGGAGGUCCGUCUGGGAGAGCACCACAUCAGGGUCACUGAGGGAACCGAGCAGUUCAUCUCCUCUUCCCGCGUCAUCCGCCACCCCCAAUACAGCUCCUACAACAUCGACAAUGACAUCAUGCUGAUUAAGCUGAGCAAGCCCGCCACCCUCAACCAGUACGUGCAGACUGUGGCUCUGCCCAGCGGCUGCGCCCCCGCUGGCACCAUGUGCAAGGUCUCCGGAUGGGGCAACACCAUGAGCUCCUCUGCUGACUCCGACAAGCUCCAGUGCCUGAACAUCCCCAUCCUGUCCGACAGGGACUGUAAGAACUCCUACCCUGGCAUGAUCACCGAUGCCAUGUUCUGCGCUGGAUACUUGGAGGGAGGCAAGGACUCUUGCCAGGGAGACUCUGGUGGCCCCGUCGUCUGCAACGGUCAGCUUCAGGGUGUUGUGUCCUGGGGAUACGGCUGUGCUGAGAGAGACCACCCUGGUGUCUACGCCAAGGUCUGCCUCUUCAACUCUUGGCUGACGAGCACCAUGGCCAGCUACUAGGCGAUCCGGCGAUCACAGUUCUGAAGAGCAGCGGAACAUCUCUGCUCCAGAGCCAACAUCUGAUCAAAUAAACUAUAUCAAGCAAAUAA